UCCGUUCAGCCCCCUCCGCCCUCUCAUUGGUUUCAGCUGCACCAACUUCUCCUUCAUGACUUCUUGGGUUGGCGACGGCAGAGCUCGUUCCAACUCCAGAAACGUGUCCAGAAGCUGUCAAACUAAUCGGUAGAGAGUUUUCUCCCCAGGAAAAAGAUCCGUCUUAUUAGGAAAAUUGAAAACUAGUUAAGUCGCAGAGGGGCGAACAGAGAGAACAGCAGGGCUGCUGGAAACUGAACUCUGCUGUCAGCAUGACGGAGAAACCGCCACUGGACAGCAACGAAGACAGAGCCUGGCUUGGCGAGGGCCAGUCUGAAACUCAGCUCGCAGCUGUGAAUGGGGCAGACGGAGGCGAUGAAGAUCGGCCAGCAUGGGACUCUAAGAUCCAGUAUGUGUUAGCCCAGGUGGGGUUCAGCGUGGGCUUAGGGAAUGUGUGGAGGUUCCCCUAUCUCUGCCAUCAAAAUGGAGGAGGGGCCUUCAUGCUGCUGUAUGUUUUCCUCCUUCUGAUUGUGGGAGUUCCUCUGUUUUUUAUGGAGCUGGCAGCUGGCCAGAGUAUUCGCCAGGGAAGCAUCGGUGUUUGGAAACACAUCUCUCCAAAGCUGGCCGGGAUCGGCUACUCUAGCUGUAUGGUCUGUUUUUACGUGGCUCUGUACUACAAUGUUAUCAUUGCUUGGAGCUUGUUCUACAUGGGUAACUCUUUUCAGUACCCUCUGCCGUGGGAGCAGUGUCCUAUUGAUGUAGCCACCAACGCCACAGUGAAAGAAUGUGCAAAUUCCUCCCCGACGUCAUACUUCUGGUUUCGUAAAGCGCUAAACAUUACAAAUUCCAUCAAGGAAUCAGGAGAGUUUAACCCCAUCAUGACCGGGUGCUUACUGGCUGCCUGGGCCAUUGUGUCCCUGGCUAUGAUCAAGGGCAUCAAGUCCUCUGCAAAGGUGAUGUACUUUUCUUCAGUCUUUCCCUACGUGGUGCUCAUUAUUUUCCUCAUCAGAGGGUUGAUGUUGGACGGUGCGAUGGAUGGAAUCACCUACAUGUUUUAUCCUAAACUGGAGAUCUGGGGUAGUGUGCAGGUGUGGCGGCAGGCUGCUACACAGGUGUUCUUUGCCCUCGGACUGGGCUAUGGCUCUGUUAUUGCGUAUUCUUCCUACAACCCAGUCCACAACAACUGCCACAGGGAUGCUCUGAUGGUCUCUGGCAUCAAUUUCAUGACGUCCGUGCUGGCCUCGCUUGUGGUUUUCGUCGUGCUGGGUUUCCGUGCCAAGAACAUUGCUAUGCGCUGUGUGGCUGAAAAUCUCGGUCUUCUAAACGUCAUGAUGACUCAGGAAUCAAACCAGCCCUUGGUCAAACUAGGUUGGCCUUGGAUCAACACAACAGAUCACAGCUCCAUGCCUCUGGAUGCUUACAGGGAGUGGUACAGCCAGCACAGCUCCGUGAUGGGUCCAAACAUCACUGACUGCAGUCUGGAGGAGGAGAUGAAUAAGGGGGUUGAGGGCACAGGCCUGGCAUUCAUAGCGUUCACCGAGGUGAUGGCCCUCUUCCCUGCCAGCCCCUUCUGGUCCACUCUGUUUUUCCUGAUGUUGCUCAACCUGGGGCUCAGCACCAUGUUUGGGACCAUGCAGGGAAUCCUCACUCCUCUCAUGGAUAAUUUUAGUGUCUUGGGCCGCCACCGGACUCUACUCACUGUAUCCAGCUGUGCUUUGGGCUUCAUAUUUGGACUGCUCUUCACGCAGCGCUCUGGCAACUAUUUUGUGACAAUGUUUGAUGACUACUCUGCAACUCUACCACUAGUCAUUGUAGUCAUCUUUGAGACCAUCAGUGUGGCCUGGGUUUAUGGAACAGAUCGGUUCCUCGAUGAUAUUGAAGUUAUGCUCAACUGGCGCCCUCCAGUGGUGUACAAAUAUCUUUGGAAGUAUGUGUGCUUGCUGGCGAUGGUUGGUCUUCUGGCUGCCAGUUUGAUACGUAUGGUCAUCAAAAGACCCACAUACACGGCCUGGAACCAAAGCACAGCCUCUGAGAUGACCCUUGAGUACCCAGGCUGGGCCCUGGCUAUGAUAGUCAUGCUCAUACUCUUAGCCAGCUUGCCUGUGCCUAUCGGCUACAUCGUCUCAAUGCUGAAAAGCCGCAGCGGGCAUAACAUUGGCUCUGAUGAGGGAGGCAGCCCGGAGGUGCACCGUGAGCUGUACACCAAAUGCAGCUCCAUGGAGCAGCUGGAUUCCAACUCCCACCACAGAGCCCCCUCUGAGGAAGACGAGGCCCUGCCCAGGCCUGCCUUCCUGCCCCUGGGUCAUGAACUGUACCAGCUCCUUCCUCAGCUGGAGGAUGAGGAUGAGGAGGAAGAUACAGGGGUGUGAGCAUGGCUGUUGGUGAAAAGAGUAAAUGUUUGAGUAUUCAGAAAGUAUUAGAACACAACCCUGUUGAAAGAGGAGAGGGUGGUCUAAAGAGAGUUCUUCUCAAUCUGAUGAAGAGUCUCUGGGCUACACCCAUCCACCAUGAUCAGCAGGCUCUAUGUUGUUGACAAAAUAACUAUUUAUACAUCAUGUAUAUAGAAAAUUAAAUCAAAAGCAUUUUAGAUUUUGUAAGUUCUACAACUACAACUCCUCCUUGUUACUUUCAUUCAUUUCCUGAAACCCUCACAAGAAACGGAAACACUCCCAAACUAAUGAAAAAGGAGAAGCUGCUAUAUUUUGUGAAGAAAACAAACAUGUUCAUUUUUUAGUGUGGGGUUAACCAGCCCCCCCAGCAUGUCCAGUUAGGUUUAUCUUUUGUCUAUGUGCUCCCCUUAUAUCAUGUGGAAUCCCUACCAUGGCAGGUGAAAUGAGUAAGGCAGGGACACACAAAACUAUGCUUUAUGAAGAGUAUUUCUAGGUAAACUGUGAUGAAUUUGCAUGUGCGUGUAUUUUUGUGUGUUUGUGCGUGUAUUUAAGCAUUUGUUUUCUCUUUUUUAUGUGAAACAGUUUUAAUGUGAAAUGACAGAUGUCAGUAAAAUAACUUUAUUUGCAUUAUAUUUGUAAUAUUUUACCUCAUAAGACCACAGCAAUGUUUUUACUCAUGCUGACGAAGCACUCAGUGAAGCAGUAUUGUACUGUAAUAGGUGAGGAUUUAAAUAAACCUCUAGAUGGCAGCAAA